AUGCAGAUUGACAUUUCGGAGGACGAGCUCAAGCUGCGCAAGCCCGCCGUGCCCCUUCUCGGCGACGCCAACGCUGUCCUCGAGCAGAUCAACGUCGCCAUCAAGGACGAACCGUUCUCGCUUGGGAAAGACCACCCCUGGGUGGCCAAGCUCCGCGAGAAAGCGGAAGCGAACGGAAUGAAGCUGGCGGAAUCGCUGGCGAAGGACGUGGUGCCGAUGAACUUCCAGUGCAGCAUGCGGGUCGUGCGGGACGAGCUGGCCAAGGUGGAGGGCCCUCACCCAAAUCUGGUUUCCGAGGGCGCUAAUAAGAUGGACGUCGGCCGGACGGUGCUCAACCAGGAAGAGCCGCGCACGCGCCUCGACUUCCUCUUCAAGCCCCGGCUUGUGCAAACCAAUCCUAACCCCUUUUUAAAACCCCUUUCUGUUUGGGUGGAGGGCCCCCACCCAAUACUGGUGUCCGAGGGCGCCAAUACAAUGGACGUUGAAGGCCCCCACCCGAUCCUGGUUUCCGAGGGCGCCAAUACGAUGGACGUCGGCCGGACGGUUCUCAACCAGGAAGAGCCGCGUACGCGCCUCGACGCUGGCACGUGGGGUAUAACCAUGGGCGUGGGCAUGGGGUACGCGAUUGCGGCCGCGGUUGUCAACGACGGGAAGCGACUCGUGGUUGCCGUCGAGGGGGACUCCGCGGUCGGGUUUAGCGCGGUUGAAGUCGAGGUGCUUGUCCGGUACAACCUACCGUUCGUCGUGAUUGUGUUCAACAACAGCGGCAUCUAUGGCGGCGUCCGCCGGGAGGACGCGGAGCUCGGCGGUCCGUAUGCGUCCGACCCGGCCCCCACCGACUUUGUGUCCGAAGCAAGAUACGACCAGAUCAUCGAGGCCUUCGGAGGCAAGGGGUACUUUGUGAGGACCCCGGCCGAGCUCGCCGCCGCCUGCCGGGAAGCGUUUGCCGCAAAGAAGCCGGCCGUCAUCAAUGCCAUCAUCGACCCGUUCGCUGGAUCCGAGAGCGGGAGGAUGCACAGCAGAAACUGA